AUGUCGUUCAUGGGUGGCGCCGAGUGCUCGACCGCGGGCAACCCGCUCAGCCAGUUCCAGAAACACGUUCAAGACGACAAGACACUACAGCGCGAUCGCCUCGUCGGUCGCGGCCCCGGCGGUCAACUAAAUGGUUUCCGCAGUCAGAAUGCCAACGCUCCCCAGGACGAGAUGAUGAACGGCUUCCUCAAUGGCGGUCCCAAUAUGCAGCAAGAGUUCCCCAUGCAGGGCCCCAUGAAUCCAGUUCAACACACACCCAUGCGCGCCAGCUCUACAUCACCGACCUGGGCACACGACUUCAACAGCCAGCCCGGCAUGGAGUCGGCCUUCAAGCCCCCAAGCAACUCCCACUUCAGUGCCGAGGAGUUUGCCCGUUUCAACAUGAACGGUCAGGGCUCCUCUGCCCGCUCCAGCCCCAUGCAAGCCAACAUGUCGGGCAGUCAGAUGCAGCGCCCGAUGAUGAACAGCGGCAUGGGCAUGGGCAUGGGCAUGGGCAUGGGGUACGGCAUGGGCGGAUCCAUGAUGCCCAUGUACCAGCAGCAGCAGCAGAUGCGCAACCAGCAGCAGCAGCAACCACAAGAUGUCAAGGGUAAGGGCAAGCUUGUCGAGCUCGACGAAAGCAAGUGGGAGGAGCAGUUUGCCCAGCUGGAGCUGGAGGACCAAACCGAGGCCGAAAAGGUCAAAGAGAAUGAAGAAGCCAGCGCCGCCGAGCGCGAGCUGGAUGAAAUGGACCGGGCUAUCCAGUCUGAAACGAAUGAGUCCCUGGUUCAAGAUGAAUCUCUAUUCGACCAAUUCGAUACCGAGUGGACGAACGAUAUGAUCCCCGAUUUGCAAGGCCUCGGAGACUGGGGCCGUUUCGGCGACCCCGUCGUCGAGAACUACAUGUUUGAGCAGGAGAACUUUUUCAAGGACGAGAAGAAUGCUUUCGAUGAGGGCGUCCGCGUCAUGAAGGAGGGUGGAAACCUUUCCCUGGCCGCUCUGGCCUUUGAAGCCGCCGUUCAGCAGAACCCCGAGCACGUGGAAGCCUGGGUCUACCUUGGCUCAGCGCAGGCGCAAAACGAAAAGGAGACAGCUGCCAUCCGCGCGCUAGAGCAGGCGCUCAAGCAUGACCCCAACAACCUUGCCGCUCUGAUGGGCCUUGCCGUCUCCUACACCAACGAGGGCUACGACAGCACCGCAUACCGCACGCUCGAGCGCUGGCUCUCGAUCAAAUACCCAACCAUCCUGGAUCCCAAAGACAUUCACCCACCUGCCGAUAUGGGCUUCACCGAUCGCCAGAUUCUGCACGAAAAGGUCACGGACCUGUUCAUCAAGGCCGCGCAGCUCAGCCCCGAUGGCGAACACAUGGAUCCGGACGUGCAAGUCGGUCUCGGCGUCCUCUUCUACGGCGCCGAAGAGUACGACAAGGCCGUCGACUGCUUCCAGUCGGCGCUGCACUCGUCGGAGCAGGGCACCAUGAACCAACAGGAGCAGCUGCACCUGCUCUGGAACCGCCUGGGCGCGACGCUGGCCAACAGCGGCCGCUCCGAGGAGGCCAUCGCAGCGUACGAGCAGGCGCUGUCGCUGUCGCCCAACUUUGUGCGCGCUCGCUACAACCUGGGAGUCAGCUGCAUCAACAUUAGCUGCCACCAGGAGGCGGCCUGCCACUUCCUCGCCGCUCUCGAGAUGCACAAGUCGAUCGAGAAGUCGGGCCGGAGCAAGGCUUACGAGAUCCUCGGCGAGGGCAGCGCCGCUCAAGUCGACGAGACGCUCGACCGCAUGUCGGCACAGAACCGCAGCAGCACGCUGUACGACACCCUGCGCCGCGUCUUUACGCAGAUGGGCCGCCGGGAUCUGGCCGAGAAGACGGUCCCCGGUGUCGACCCUGACGUGUUCCGUCCCGAGUUUGACUUUUAA